GAAGCUGAAGUCCAAAGAAAAUAAUCGCGUGUGAGAACUGUUAGCGGAUGCUAUUUAUGUGCUGUGAGCUAAAUGUGUAUUCUGUGCUGGUUACAGGCGCUCUUCAAGAAACCUGCCGGUCCACCACGCUCGCGCUCUGGCAGUCAGUGGAGGAAUGAAGCGGGAGGAAGCAACAGCUGCAGAUGCGCCGAACGCCGCGAGGUCCCCGUUGAUGCUCGGUUCCCGGGUCUCGAAGACUUUGGGUUCCCUCCGGCGUUCGCACACUUCAGGCCGCAGGUGGAUAGCGUAAGGCAGAAGCCGCGGGACUCCAAGCCCCCCCGCGCUAUGUUCCACCAGCUAGCCGACCCGGAGGCGGCCAACGACAGCUGCGGGGGGGCCCCCGCCUGCAACGCCACCUCGCCCGACGACGCGCUGCAGCUGCCCACUUUCUCCACGGCGGCCAAGGUGCGGGUCAUCAUCACCUUCAGCCUGUGCGCCGCGUCGGCCGUGUGCAACCUGCUGGUGCUGUGGGCGGCCGGCAAGGGCGGCCGGCGCAAGUCCCACGUCAGAAUCAUCAUCAUGAACCUGACCGUGGCCGACCUGCUGGUCACCUUCAUCGUGAUGCCCGUGGACGCCGUGUGGAACAUCACGGUGCAGUGGCAGGCCGGGGACGCCGCCUGCAGGCUGCUGAUGUUCCUCAAGCUGGUGGCCAUGUACUCGUGCGCCUUCGUCACGGUGGUCGUCAGCCUGGACAGGCAGUCGGCCAUCCUCAACCCGCUGGGCAUCAGGGAGGCCAGGAAGAGGAGCAAAGUUAUGCUGACCGUGGCCUGGAGCAUGAGCGUGCUUCUCUCCCUCCCUCAGAUGUUCAUAUUCCACAACGUGACCAUCACCGUCCCGGAGAACUUCACGCAGUGCACCACCCACGGCAGUUUCGUGGAGCACUGGCAGGAGACGCUGUACAACAUGUUCACGUUUGCGUGCCUCUUCCUCCUCCCUCUGGCCAUCAUGAUCUUCUGCUACACCCGAAUCCUCAUCGAGAUCUCCAGCCGCAUGGCUCGCAACCACCUGCUGUCCAGAGACGUCCAUCUGCGCCGCUCCCACAACAACAUCCCAAAAGCCCGAAUGAGGACCCUGAAGAUGAGCAUCGUCAUCGUGACGUCGUUCAUAAUCUGCUGGACCCCGUAUUACCUCCUGGGCCUGUGGUACUGGUUGUUUCCGGAAAGAAUGGAAGAAACGGUGUCCCAUUCCCUCACCCACAUGCUGUUCAUCUUCGGCCUGUUCAACGCCUGCCUGGACCCCAUCACGUACGGCCUGUUCACCAUCCACCUGCACCAGAACCGAAAGAGCUCCAGCCGGGCCUCCAACACGCAGAUCACGUCGGAGGACAACAACUGCUUGAUGCGCAUGACGCGCCGCCACGUGGCCUCGGCGGGCCAGAACCCGGAAGAAAGCGAGAACAGCAGCUUAAAUAGCGGCUCCAGGCCAAUUGUGCCCGUUAGUGAGCUCUAA